CCGUUUUGUCGCGCUCGAACGUCAGUUUACCGCUAAACAGUUACCGCUCGAACCGCUUCUACCGCUUUUGUUGCUAUUGUUGUGCGAAAAAAAAAAAAAAGUUACUUGCUUAUAAUUUUUUUUUGGCAAUUUUUUUUUAGCAAAUGCACUUGACUGUGCAACGGUAUUAAUGUUUCCGCCAUUUUGCCACAAAUGUCAGUUUCCAGUUUCGAGAACUCCUGAAAUCCUGCACUUUAAGCAGAAACACAAACAGUCCCACCUCAGCUGACAAACAAUUAACUAAAAAAUCAACAAAAAAAAUCCAAAAAAUCGAAAAAAAAACAACCCAAAGAAAGUGCAAAAUACAGGGCCAAGUUUCAAUAAAAAACAACAAUUUUUAUAAAGAAAUAUAUCAAGUGAAAAAUAAAUAUUUUAUAAUUUUAUAAUAAAUAAAUUCUAAAAGAUCUCCCAAGACCGCUAACCGUAGCCGACACAACUGUACCCUUCUAAGCCAAGCUUAGAGACAAAAAAAAACCCAUCAAAAGCAAAGAAAUUUCUAUUUCCUUUUUGCUACGCGCACAAGAAGCCAAAAAACCCCUGAACUAUAGAAUGGUAGAAAGUGAUUCCGCAAAGGGCAAAAACGAAUCCUAUAAUGUAGAAGCUGGACUACAACCCAACUACAACCAGAGCGCAGCAAGCAACCAAGCCACCAACUCGCCCAGCCACCAUCCAGGCCAGGGAAACACGAAUCCUCAUAUCGAUAACCGGACAAUAAUCCAGCCGUACUCGCUGAACGUUGGCCCCAAACAGCCGGAAUACCAAUUUGCGGCGGACAAUCGCGGCUACGAGUCCGAUAGCCACGUUACCAAUGGCAAGCAGCAGGACGUAGAGCGUGCCGCAGGUGACGCCUCCGAUGUCGGACAUGUUUCCGUCGGAGGUGGUGGUGGUGGCGGAGGAGGCGGCGGACAUGGCCCUGGAAAGGGCCGGAAGAAGUCGGCCCCCUUGCCAGAGCCCACGGCACCGAUAGUCGCCAAUUUUGAGCGUGCCAUCGAACUGUGCGGUUAUGGCAAGUUCCAUUAUAUUCUGCUGGCCAUCUGCGGAUUGGUCAGCACCUCCGAGGAGAUGGACGUCAUUUCGAUGUCCUUCAUCCUGCCGUCGGCGGAAUGUGAUCUGGAUUUGAAUACGGAGACUAAGGGAUGGCUGAACUCGAUCAUCUUUAUUGGCAUGAUGGUGGGGGCGUAUUUCUGGGGCAGCAUAGCCGAUUCCUUUGGCCGGAAGAAGGUUCUCAUCGUCAUCUCGUUCAUGAACGCCUUCUGCAUCGUCGCCUCGUCCUUUUCGCAGAGCUACUCCUUCUUCAUGCUGUUCCGGUUUCUCAAUGGUGCAGCUCUGGGCGGUAGUGGUCCUGUGAUCUGGUCAUACUUCGCCGAGUUCCAGCCCAAGGCCAAGCGUGGCUCCAUGCUGAGCUUCAUGGCCGCCUUCUGGACGUUCGGCAACCUGUUCGUGGCCAGCCUGGCCUGGCUCAUCAUCCCAACGAACAUCGGCUUCAUCACCGCCUAUUUCACCUACAACUCGUGGCGCAUCUUCCUGCUGGUCUGCUCCCUGCCCUCGUUCCUGGUCGGUUUCCUGCUCUUCUACCUGCCAGAAUCACCAAAAUUCCUGCUGACCCGCGGCAAAAAGGAUCGCGCCCUGGCCAUAUUUCGUGGCAUUUUUGUGACGAACACCAAGCGCCGGCCGGACGAGUACAUGGUCUAUGACCUGGAGGUGGAUGAGAAGCUGCUGGAGAGUUCGGCGAAUGUUAAGAACAAGUAUUCCCGCAUGAUUAGCGGAAUGGUGGAGCACAGCAAGGCCCUGUUCAAGUCGCCCAUCCUCCGAUUCACCAUCGUCUCGAUCACGAUCAAUUUUACAUUCCACAUUGGCUACUACGGCCUGUUGAUGUGGUUCCCGGAGCUGUUCAACCGGUUCGAGGAGUACGAGAAGGCCUUCCCCGGCCAAUCGGCCGGCGUCUGUACCGUCACCGAUUACGUGGUGAAGGUGGCCCGCAUGGAGGAGUCAACGAAUGCCACCUGUUCCUCGGAAAUACCACAAUCGGUCUUCAUGGAGUCCCUUAUAUCGCUGGCAUCCGCCCUACCGGCCAAUCUGUUGGCCAUUCUCGGCAUGGAUAUGCUGGGAAGGAAAUUCUUCCUAAUUGCUGGCACAAUGACGGCGGGCAUCUGUUCGGCAUUGAUGUACUUCGUCCGCAGCUCCAUGCAGAACCUGAUCGUUUCGGCGAUAUUCAGUGGCGCCAUAUCGGCGGCCAAUGCAGCCCUCGACUGCCUCAUUACCGAAGUAUUCCCCACCAAGCUGCGCGCCACCGGUGUGGCCAUAUCGAUGGUGGCGGCCCGUUUGGGCGGCAUCAUCGGCAACAUCGUUAUCGCCCAGCUGCUGGACAACUAUUGUCCAUCUCCAACGUUUAUCGUUUCCGGCCUGCUCAUCGGCGGCGGUCUUAUGUGCCUGCUCCUGCCGAAUACGACGCGCAAGGAACUCAAUUAAUCCACCUUUAGUCACCUGUUAACUCUCCUCCAUCCACCAAAAAUUGGCAAUAGAACCUAAUCCAUAAUCCAAAAAAACAUAGAGAAAUCUAGUUAGCUUUGAGCUUUGAUGGGAACUCCCAUCUCUAAUUUUAUCCUUCUUCUCUUUCUCUUUUUCAAGGCUGCUAUUAAGCUCUCUUUUGAUCUUUCAGAAAAAAAGAGAGCCCAAACUUGCACUUGAACUUUUCUUCUCUUUCUUUAAUCUUAAACUCAAACUCAAAGAGAAAGCUCUAUGUCCUAGAAGAACACUUUCCUGCAGUGUAACUGCACUUGUGUAUAUAUCAGUAAUUUAAACAAUAGCGAUAAAGAUUUUCUUUGAGUGUCUAAUUGAGAAGGACCUCCCUCACCCACAGAAUAGUAACAGGCAUGAAAAUAUUCAUCGAAAAUCAGGUAGUUAAGUCUGGAAAAAGUAAACAAAAAAAAAAAACAUUUAAAUACACUCAAAAAAAAAGAAUCCAAAACUCAAGAUCCAAACCAAAGCUUUAUGUAUUUCACCACCACUUACCCCCCCUCCAAUGCCAGAAUUUAAUUCCAGAUUUGAGACAGUAUUUUUUCGCUCAGUGCUGCGAAAUAAAAAACACAAAACAAAAUAGAAAACACAAAAAAAAGGAUAAAAGGAUGAAAAUGAAAAUGAAAACCCAAGCCAGCGAGAAGAUAUAGAAGGUAGGAUCGAUAGCGAUCGAUGUAUGUGUAUUGUAUGUACGAUGUGUAUUUUGUGUAGUUGUGGUAGUGAGUAUAUAAUACUAUAUAUUUUUGGCAAGCGCCGGCGCCGGCUGAAGCAGCAGCAGCAGAGACGUGGGACACGGUGGACGAUGGCAGCGGCUAACGGUAAUACAAUCGAUAAAUAUCGAUAAAAAUUGCCAACCACCACCAGCCCACCUUCUGCUGCCUGUUAUUGUUGUUAUUAUUGCUAUUAUUAAUGCAUAUGAUAUAUGCGUAUGUGUCUUACAUUACGUAUUAAAAUAUUAUUAUUAUUAUAAAAGUAAAAAAAAUAAAAAUAAAAGAGAAAAAAACAUACAUAUAUCAAAUACCAUUUUCUAUAACAUAUACACACAUAUCUAUACCAAUUUUUUUUUUUGUUUUUUUUUCGUAGUCGUCAUGUAGGACCAAAGCACAGGAAGUGAAAGAAUAUUUGUAAAACUUAGUUACGUUUUUAAAAGUUACGCUACAUAUACAUACAACAACAAAUCCCUAAUAAAUAAAAAAGAACAAACCAAAA